UUAUCCAUGUUUAGCCUGCCUGGCUGAUGCAGCGGAGUGUUCAGUUGCUAGGGACCUGUAGGCUUGGGAGCACACACACCAGCCGGUUCCCAUGCAGGGAAUGGGGAACUUCCGGCUGGGGAGAAGGACUGUGAUGUACACAGUGGAAACUAUUCCCAAAGGGAAGAACCGAGUGCUGGGGACCAUCCAGAUCAUGACUGGCUUCAUACACAUUAGCUUUGGGAUCAUUCUCAGCACCCUGACCAGUGUAUAUACCUCAUUCUUUGUGUCUGGAGAGAUCCCCUUCUUGGGAGGAGCAUCUUUCAUUGUUUCUGGAUGUCUCUCCAUUGGUGCUGAGAAGAGCCCUACCGAAUGUGCAGUGAAAGGCUCACAAGCCAUGAAUAUCAUCAGUGCCAUUUUUGCGUUCCUUGGAAUAUUGGCCUUUAUAGUAGAUCUGAGCAUAAAUGGGCCAUUUCAUUCAGAUGAUAACUACGUGUAUUUGUUAGUGAUGACAGGCAAUAGGAUCGCGAUUGUGCUGUUGACAUUCACCAUUGUGGAAUUCUGCAUUGCAUCUGCAACUGCAUAUUUUUGGUGCCGGGCAACCCGCUCUGACUCCAACGAGGCCAUAUUGAUUGACCCAAACACCAUCAGGACAGAUAAUGAAAUCCCUUCUGUAGAAUCUUCAAUACAUUGUCCACCAAGCUCUAAUGAUGUAAGUUAUGAUCUAAAAGUUGAGGCUGUGUAGAAGAUUAGACUGGAGGAAUCUGUACGGAGAAGUCACAUCAGCUGAACUUCUUUUGGGGCAUAAAAGUUAGCCUUUUCCUGCAUGACAGAGUUCCUUCAUUUAUUGCCAGUAUUCUAGCUGGCAGGCCAAUGAGGGCAAAGGGACUGUCUCUCUACUUUCUCCUGUACUGUCUCCAUUUAAGCCUGGAAUAAGAGAUAUGUGAUGAUAUUCUUUGCCUUGGAGUAGAAUGUAAUGCUCCAUUUUGCAUGGGCUGUGUAUGGAAAUAACCAUAAUCUGACACGUGGAUUGCUAAACUGUCAAAAUGUGGUUAGAAGACAAUCAUGACACCUUGCUGGAAAUGGUCACAAAAUAGUUGAUGACCCAGAUUGAGAACAUGGAACUGAAGCCAAUAGAUGUCCAAUCUGGACAUUAAUGCAUCUUUUCAGCUCUGACGGGCUCUGUUGCUGACCCAGUACACUUUGAAACAGAAACCAGUUCAUGAUGUUAAUUUCUAUUGGUCAAAGCCCUGUGUUGCAGCUGGUUCAUCAAGACUGUACCAUUUUUAGGUGUCCUGAAAGUGGCCACUAUAUGAGACUGUCUGGGCCUCAGUCUCUGUAAUUGGUUGCCCCUUGUGUUUCCUUACGGAAGCAUGAAUUCAGAACAGAAAGCUGCACCUGGAGAUUAAUUUGAGCAAAGCUGGUUAGUUUUAUAUGAAGCAUAUCAGCAAUGCUGGAUGCUCUUCAUACUGUCUGCCAUUUAUAUUUGCAUUUACUAUAUCCCAUUAAGAUAUUCAUAGAACAGCCUUGGGAAAUGUUCCAUCCUUUAUUCUCUGGAAGAACCACCUGUUUGUGACGGUCUCACCUGCAGCUUUGCUGAACCAAAAUUGCUAUUUCAGUUUCUUUUCACUGGCCCUGACUUUGCUCGACCUGCUGGACCACAUAAGAAGGCUCUCUCGGAAGAGAAAGAGCUCGCAUCCGAGAACACAAUAUCCUAGUUUAGCUUUACUUAUUCCAGAGUUGGACAUGCGGUUUAAU